UUUGAGGCGCCACAAAAGCAGUCGCUCACGGGCGUGGAGGCGUUCACGCAGCACGAGUCAUUCCAGCCGUUGACGGAGUUGCAGCCGCCGCAGUGCAAGCGGUGCGGGGUGUUCGAAGCGGACACGUGGACGCGCGACGACACCUUUGCAGUGUUUGAGCUGUGCCCGCUGGCCUUCUCCGCUCCGCCCGCCAGCCAGCUGCACCUCAACUUCAGCGGGGAGUUCCUUGCUGUGCUCUCCUGCCCUGCCUGCAACCCCAAUGGGAAGGCGCUGUACUCCGAAGAAGGGACAGCAGUCAGCGGCGCCCUGUCCCCCAUCCUCAUAACGUUCGCAGUGAUCGGAGGGCUGGCGUGCCUCGCGGGUCUCACGGCCCUCCUGGUCUACGUCGCGCGCCGCAACGGCUGCACUUCCUUCACUCUGCCGCUCUUCAUGCGGCGUCGCAUGGACCCCAACACGGCCAAGUUCCUUGAGAUGUUUGAGGAGGAGGAAGAUGGGCUCAUGGAAGCCAGAUUGAGGGACGGCGGGGACGGCUUGGGCUUGGGUGUCUCGUCGGCGCCGGUGGUGGUUGGGGAUGGGAAGGAGGUGCCGUCGAGUUUUACCAUUUCUCCGGAUCACUCACGACAGGAUGAUUGAGAUCGAUGCGUGGGGUGGUAGGAGCGUGGCUGCAGUGUGGCUGUUGAAAAGAAGAGCAUGUAGCGUAUGUUGAGCUAUUCUAACAGCGUAUAUGCAUUUAGUGUGUGCUUCGUUGUGUUGUAUGACUACAAUACGGCUCCCUGUAGAGCGCCCUUGUAAUGUAUAGGCCCUCAAGUGCUAUGAGAUUUGUCUGG